AUGUCUUCGGAAGGAUUAGAUGCGAAAUCUACAAGAUUAUUCGCUUGUGACUACCCAGGUUGUCAUGCAUCCUUUAAGAGACGCUCCCACUUAGAACGCCAUGCUCAAACACAUACAGGAAUAAAGCUCUUCAAAUGUCAAGAAUGCUCAAAAGCAUUUGGUAGAAGUGACCAUUUACGACGGCAUAUGAUGUUAGUACAUAGUUCAAUAGAGGAAAAAGCAAGUUACCCUUGCUCAUCAUGUAAUAGUGUGUUCAUGAGCCCAACAUCUUUAAGGAGACAUAUCAAGAGAUCACAUGAUACUCCUUAUAUAUGUGAAGUAUGUGGUAAUUUAUUUCCCUCAGCGACAUCUUUGCAACGUCAUACAUUAAAACAGCACUUAACUGCUGAGAUUCCAUUUCCUAAUCGUACAGAAGACAAUAGUAAACAAUGCUGGUAUGUGUGUAGAGCUGACCCUAUGAUGUGCUCAGCAGCUUUUCUUUCAUAUCCUGGAUUAGUACGUCAUAUAAAAUCUAAACAUUGGUCCUCAACUAACGAGAAUUCACAGAUGAUGCAAACCCAAAGCCAGUGCAUAAUGGAUAAUGAAACAGUAUCAAGUCAAUGUAUCUACUCAAUGCCAAAUGAUAAUAGUCAUGUCACUAGUCACAAUGAAAAUGACUCAUUAAUACCAAAUACAAUUCAGGAUACUAAAGAAAGUGAUGGUGACUGCUCAUAUAGAUGCCCUUAUCCUGAAUGUGGUCGAUUCUACAGCUCAAAAAGUAAUGUAAGGAAACACAUUCAAGUGUCCCAUUGUAAUAGCAAACCUUAUGAGUGUCAUUUAUGUCCUAAGAAGUAUGGAUAUAGAACACCUUAUAUUCGUCAUAUGAAGAAUAGUCAUCCCGAAUUUCAGGAUGACGACAUGAUAAAUGGUCACUGCAGUGGUAUUACAGCAAUAGAUGAACCUCAUAGCGACUUGACUAUAUCUAGUACUCCUCAUUACCCACCUUUAUAUGUUGAUGCUAUACCUUUCUAA